AUGUCUCCCCGGACACCGAAGGCUGACGAAACUUGGCCAAACGUGUCCACGUGCAUUGAUCCCGUAGGUCCGGAUAAUGAACCUCCUCCAACAUACUGCGAUAAUAAUGCUUUCCAGUCCGAAAUCGUUAUUCCACCUCACUCGACCUCAAUUGACUAUGCAGCUUACCGCAUCUCCGAGAGUGUUGUUUCCGAUGAUCAAACCAAUCGCUAUGUUAUUGGCCCUGGGCCGGGAGAACAACUAUCACCACCUCCGCGACUGAUAGUUAGAAUUCGGGGAACGCACAUUGACAAGCCACUCGGUCUCACAAGCCAGAAAAUUCUGGACAGAGAUAGUUUCUCAGACAAUGAAGCACUUCAGUAUUGGGUACAACAAUUCUGCGAAGGUCAGGAAGAAUGUCUACAACUUCAGCGCAUCGUUACGAACUGGGAUACUUCAUUCUUGGAGACAUCCAUCCGGGAUCUCGUUGUCACAGCAAGAUGCAAAGGGUGCCUCGAAGUCACUUUUCCUCUGCAUCAUUCUAAACUUACUAUCUUGAAACCUGGCUCCGCCGCAAUUUCUUCAAAGCCUGUCUCGUGGAGCUGUUUUUCUCACUUUGCAAAAUCCAUCACCCCUUCUUCUAAAUUGCUAGGGCAAGGACAGUCUACAUGCUCCCAUUUCCAGACGAUCUGGCCUUACGCCAGCUCACCACCCUCCUCAACGAUCCCAAUCUCCAUCUUGCCCUCACUGCUACCACCACGACAAUGCGCCGUGCAAAGUGAGACCUCCUGGUUCAACACCUGGAAAGAACCCAUCCGCAACAGCAUUGUGGCCAAAAGACGAGGCUGGAUAACGAUCGAGGACUGGAAAGACGUGUACAUGAGCAAUGUACACUGGCCUCAGCCGGGUAGGGACUGGGGCACUCCGGCCGAAGACUGGGUCACGCUGAUGAAAGGAAUCACAUUGGCGGGAUCAAGCAAGGUUGCGCCUGGAGAUAUUGUUUGGUGGAAGUACUUGGGUGGAAAGGUGAUUAAGAACAGUUAUUCCAACGUGUCGGAAGCUUCUAUCAAAGGAUCCCGACAUCGGGUGUUGUGGUUGCAACUGAUGCGCCAGAUAAGGUAG